AUGUGAAGGGGUUUGCUUCGCUGUUUGUUUUACAAUGCUGUCGCGAGAUUAGAGAAAGUUUAUAAAAAGCCCUGCCAUUAGCAUUCAUCCGCAGUCGGAAAGCAGCCAAGUUGAAAACACGUUGAGAUUAACAGCAUCAGCAGCAAGUGCAUGCCCCAAGUGCAAACAGUGCCAAAGUCAACUCAAAUAUACCCAAAUUCUAGGAGAUCGCAUCGGUUUCCGUGAUAAUGCCCGCCAGUUGUAAAGCGGACCUACGAAGUCGCCGCUGCGAAAAUCCAAUCGACCGCAACGGCAAUAUCGGAGGCACAGCCGAGGAGCAGGCGACAAACACCAGACCGAAGCUGACAACCAGAUAUUCCCAACGGACUAACGAAAUGCCUGCGGGCAAGGAUGGCCGAGAAUCCAGCGACAGUGCCGCAGAGGACGUCGGGCACACAGGAUCAAUUACCAAGUCCAAGGACGAAAUGUGGCGCAAUGAACUUGCUAUGAACGCGGACAGCACUUACGCUCAGCCCGAAAAGCGAGGGGAUCCAAGUCCCACCACAGGGAACUCCAAUACGAAGAUCAGCGAUGCCGUAGAUUUUGUACUCCGCGUUCUCCUUGUCAUUGCCUUCUUCAAGCUGGAGACGAUGACAGCUUUUAAGCGGGAAAUCCAUGAAGAAGAGCUGUGGCUAUACAAGAAUCCAAGGAGGCCGGACAUCGUCAGGGGCGGGGAACUGCUCUUCUGGGUCAUAGUGGCUCCCUUUCUGGUCACUGUCGCCUUCUACUGGUACACAAAAGACAAACGGGACUUCAGAGCCGCCAGCUGGGCCUGGACAUUGGCCCUGUGCAUGAAUGGCAUUCCCACAAGCGUACUAAAGAUAACAGUGGGGCGCCCCAGGCCAGACUACUUCUACCGCUGCUUUCCCGAUGGCGUAAUGGUGCUUAACACAACGUCAAGUGGCUUAGACAGUUCCAGCUUGGAUUUCAAUUGCACAGGUCUUCCGGGCGACAUAAACGAAGGCCGCAAGAGCUUCCCCAGCGGACACUCUUCGUUCGCCUUUGCUAGUUUUGGUUUCAUUGCCUACUACAUUGGCGCCAAGCUGCACGCUUUCGAUAUCCGGGGACGCGGACACACCUGGCGGCUCUGCAUCGCAGUGAUACCUUUGUUCAUCGCACUGCUGGUUGCAGUUAGUCGCACCUGCGACUACCACCACCACUGGCAGGAUGUGACCAUCGGCGGUCUGAUUGGUCUGUGUGCAGGCUAUAUAAGCUACAGACAAUACUAUCCCUCCAUUUUCACACCUGAUGCCGGCAAACCGCUGGUGAGGUGGCCCAGCAGAGAGGGAAAGUACCAGCGACUGUCAGGAGAGAAUGAAAAUGAAAGUAGUGAUGAUCGAGCUGACGGCGAUGCGGUGCGGAGACCUCUCCUCGCUGGCAAGGAAGAGUCCAAAUGGUACUAAAAGCUUUACGUUAAUAUAGUUAGUUUUGCUUCCCCUUUUAAGCUUUUUAAACAUAUCUAGACAUCGCUUAAUUGCCGAUUUACAAAUGUGCUACUGGUUUACCUCGUAAUGGGAAGGGUUUGUUUGUAGUUCCUUUAAUAAAAGUUAUUGAGUCAA